AUGAAUAAACGUGAACCAAUAUCCUUCCAAUAUUUAAGAACAGUAAACGAUCAGCUUUGCGCCACUUAUCGCCAAGCUUGCCAGAAACUAAAUCUUCUUGAGAAUGGUGCACAUUGGGGCACUGCACUAGCUGAUGCAUCGAAUACUGCUCGAGCAAAACAAAUACGCACGCUAUUUGCCAUAAUAUGGACAACCUGCUUCCGAACUAAUCCAAAAAACCUUUGGGAAAAAUACAAGGACUACAUGACUGAAGAUAUUUUACAUCGUUUGCGCGCUGCGAAUCGAAAUCCGGACAUUCAAUUCACACCAAACGUGUAUAAUGAGGCAUUGAUUUUGAUUGAAGACAUAUGUUUGACAAUCUCUAACAAGGCACUGGUGCAACUGGGAAUGCCUGCUUCAAACCGACCUGCAAACAACCUUUUCGAUAGUGAUUUCAACGAGAAACGCACUAUGAUUCUGACGAGCUGUGAACAUUCGUUAGAACAAAUCUUCCGCAGUUGA